AUGAUCAUCAAGCUCAGCCCAAUGGCGACACUCAUUCAUAAAAGAGACAAGAAGGAUAUUAACGAACAUGUGGUCACCAGUACAUUUGCAGUUGGCAAGUGUUCGAAGUGGACAUUCCUACUUCGAUUGCGCUGGACAAAGGUCAAAGGCCUUUAUAUCAUUGCACCAUAUGUCCCAUUUGUCCUUAUCAUCUGGCCUUGGCCCCAAAUGAGAACCCCAAGAUGGUCUCCUGAUCAGAUUCACCCAGGCUUUUAUAUUCUCAGAAACCCGUGCUCUCCGCCUUUUUUUCAGGCCACUAUCGUAUUAUGCAUCGGCCUUUUGCUUGCCGCUGGUGCUACCUCUGAAGUCGUGACUGGGAUCCCAGAGACCCUAGGCUGCUCCCGGAGUUCAUACGGUAUCCGACUCUUCUUGCCUAGUGUUCUCAUGUUUGUGUUUCAACUGGGACUAGUCUACCUCACGAUCAUCCUUAUUCUUGCAAUCCUUGCCACGCGCAUGCACCUCUGCCUCUGGCAUAUGGAGUGGCACGUGGACGGCUCUGAGGCCCUCGUGCAUUUCUGUGUCCGACAUGCCACAUGUAGGCUGUACGGUGUGACCCGUGGCUUAUUCGGCGUCGUUUGUGGAGUGGAACUUGAUCUACGAGAUGACCAGUCAGGAAAUCGGGACGUGCUCGUAUAA